AGAGCGUAGCGGAUACAUGGAUGAUAGAGACGAUAGGAGGAAUGGUGACAGGAGUCGGACGACGAGAGCUCGGGCAGGUGACUACUUCGAGGGAGAGCGGGCUGGUGGCAGAGCUAGAGGUAGAGAGCGUAGCCGCAGUUUGGACAGAGAGAGGGAUCGCGAGCGGGAGGAGAGACGUGCGGAAGACAGAAACAGACCCAGACGGCCGAGUCCAGAGUAUUCAGAGUACAGAAGGCCUACGCCACCGCAUAUGCGAGAGGAUUCGCCAGCUCCACCAUGGCGGCAGCAAGAGAACAUGUACCCGGGCAAGCAAAACCGGGCGCCGCUUGGGGCUGGCCCGGGCUUCUUAGAAAGCCGUAGGAAGCAACGUGAAGACAAUACACUAAGCAUAUGGCCAUCAUCGCCGAAGGCUCCCGCUCGGUCGUCUCCAAGUCCGGAUUCAAGGCGUCACAAAAAAUCAAAGAAACGGCGACGUGACUCUUCUGCCACAUCUUCGACUGACACUGAGGAAGAACGCCGUAGACACGAGCGCAAGGAGCGUAAGAAAGCGAAGAAGGAGAAGGAGAGGCACCGGGAUAAAGACCGCCUUCGCAAGUCGCGUUCGCGGUCUGUACGGAGAUACGGCGACUCAGAGGAAGAAGAGGAUCGUCACCAACGUAGCCGGCAUAGAAGCAAGCAUAGCAGAAGUAGGUCCGUCAGCGAGGAGCGCCGUCGCAGCCGGAGCAGGGAACGCUCGUAUCGCAGCAAACCUCGAACGAAGAGUCCCGACGACCGGCCACCCACGACGGAUGACGAGGACCAAUGGGUCGAGAAGCCGUCUGCCUCUUUACCCGCUGGAGCGACAGCGCCGUCAAAAGCCAGGGAAGCUAUGGUGCUUCUGCAAGCUCCUGCUGCCGCUGCCACCUCUUUGUCUAAAGGGGAUUCCCCAGAGGACGAUUCAGAUGAAGAAGUCGGCCCGCAACCGCUCGAGGCGCCUUCAAAAAGCCGGAAGGUCGACGAACGGCAGUACGGUGGUGCCUUGCUUCGCGGCGAAGGUAGCGCGAUGGCCGCGUUCCUCAAGGAUGGCACUGACGUUCGCAUCCCACGUCGUGGCGAGAUCGGUCUCACAUCCGGCGAAAUUGCGACCUUUGAAAAUGUGGGAUAUGUUAUGAGCGGCAGUAGGCACAGACGCAUGAACGCUGUGCGCAUGCGGAAGGAGAACCAGGUUAUCAGUGCGGAAGAGAAGAGGGGUAUCUUACAGCUACAAAAGGAGGAGCGCGAGAGGAGAGAGGCCAUCCUUCGCGAGGAGUUCCAAGAGCUUGUCAAGGAUAAGCUCAAGUCUUCUGGAACUUCGAAAUGAUCCCUGUUUUGCUCCCUUGUUCGUCUCGUACUCACUAAACUUCACUUAUUAUAUCAGCUGCGCGUCAAGCCAUGUGCAGUUCGUUUCCAUCCGAUCCGUUCAUAAAUCAAGCGGGCAACUAUAUGAUUACAACUCCUCACGAGGAGCCUGUGUAUCGAGACCAACGAGCUCCACAUCGAAAACGAGCGUAGCGUGGGGUGGAAUGGCACCGCCGGCGCCACGUGCACCGUAUGCCAUGGCAGAGGGGAUGGUGAGAAUGCGCUUCUCGUUGAGGCACAUGCCCUGCAGACCUUCGUCCCAGCCCUUGAUAACUUGACCUACCCCAAGAGUCAAGGGUAGUGGCUGGCCACGGUCUCGACUCGAGUCAAAUUUCUUCCCGUCGGAGAACAAGGUACCAGUAUAGUGGACCUUGAUUUUAUCGCCAGUCUUCGCUGUUACCGAACAGUCACUGGGCUUGUAGGUUGUCUCAAUUUGCAGCUCGGUGGGCGGUACACGCUCUUCGUCUGCGAGAGCAACAGAGACAAGAGCUAGGAGAGGAAUCCAGUUGAAAAGUUUCAUGGCAGAUG